AUGGAACCGGCCGGUUCUUCACAGGUGGGGCUGCUGGUCACAGGUGGGGCUGCUGGUCACAGGUGGGGCUGCUGGUCACAGGUGGGGCUGCUGGUCACAGGUGGGGCUGCUGGUCACAGGUGGGGCUGCUGGUCACGGGUGGGGCUGCUGGUCACAGGUGGGGCUGCUGGUCACAGGUGGGGCUGCUGGUCACAGGUGGGGCUGCUGGUCACGGGUGGGGCUGCUGGUCACAGGUGGGGCUGCUGGUGCUGGUGCCUGGUUGCUGGCGUGUCGGCGCUGGUGACGGUGCUGGUGCUGGUGCCUGGUGCUGGCGGCUGGCGCUGGUGCCUGGUGCUGGCGGCUGGCGCUGGAGCUGGUGCCUGGUGCUGGCGGCUGGCGCUGGAGCUGAUGCCUGGUGCUGGCGGCUGGCGCUGGUGCUGGUGCCUGGUGCUGGCGGCUGGCGCUGGUGCUGGUGCCUGGUGCUGGCGGCUGGCGCUGGUGCUGGUGCCUGGUGCUGGCGGCUGGCGCUGGUGCUGGUGCCUGGUGCUGGCGGCUGGCGCUGGUGCUGGUGCCUGGUGCUGGCGGCUGGCGCUGGUGCUGGUGCCUGGUGCUGGCGGCUGGCACUGGUGCUGGUGCCUGGUGCUGGCGGCUGGCACUGGUGCUGGUGCCAGGUGCUGGCGGCUGGCGCUGGUGCUGGUGCCUGGUGCUGGCGGCUGGCGCUGGUGCUGGUGCCUGGUGCUGGCGGCUGGCGUUGGUGCUGGUGCCUGGUGCUGGCGGCUGGCGCUGGUGCUGGUGCCUGGUGCUGGCGGCUGGCGCUGGUGCUGGUGCCUGGUGCUGGCGGCUGGCGCUGGUGCUGGUGCCUGGUGCUGGCAGCUGGCUCUGGUCCUAGUGCCUGGUGCUGGCGGCUGGCGCUGGUGCUGGUGCCUGGUGCUGGCAGCUGGCUCUGGUCCUGGUGCCUGGUGCUGGCGGCUGGCGCUGGUCCCGGUGUCUGGUGCUGGUGUGACGGCGCUGGUGCCGGUGCUGGUGUUGGUGACUGGCUUCUGUGCUGGUGCUGGUGCUGGUUUCUGGUGCUGGCGGCUGGCGCUGGUGCCUGGUGCUGGCGCUGGUGCUGGUGCCUGGUGCUGGCGCCUGGUGCUGGUGUUCCGCCGCCACUCCCUUCCCCCUUUUCCUCUCUCCCCCACAGCAUUCCGCCGCCACUCCCUUCCCCCUUUUCCUCUCCCCCCCACAGCGUUCCACCGCCAAUCCCUUCCCCUCCUCCCUCUCCCACCCACAGCGACCGCCGCUGCACACGCGUACAGUCGCGACGGGGGGGGGUGA